AUGAUCAUUCACGUGAUUAUGUACAAGAGCCUACAGACGCAGCAAUGGAUGAUGAAAUUCACACCCCAACACCCGGAAGUCCAAGUGUCACCCAUGUCAAGACGGGACCGACCGAACGACCUUCUGGCUCCGUCCCAACGCGACAAUCGAGUACACCGGGGCGUGACGGUGAACCAGAGCCACAUGUGCGUCCAGUGCGCAAGAAACAGGCGGUUACUCGCUACUAGCAAGAGUUUCCAAACCCUGCAGCGCGGUGUAUUUAAUCUCGAUGACUAUGAAGAUGGCUACGACGCACAAUACUGCCUUAGCGCAGAUGAUGACGGCUAG